ACACACAGCUCAGUACAGUAUUGCCUUCUUUUUACCAGGAUAUAAUUAUCAGCGGCUCAGAAGAACUGGCAAAUAAAGUGCUUAUCAUAUUAACAACUUUCUUAAACGAAAACAGCAGUGCUCAUUUCUCUGCAGUGUUCUGUAGCAGAAUCUUGCAAGUGUUACAGAAAAUUCUAAUAGAGUGUACUUCUGCAGGAUUACAAGAAAAAAACUUGCCACUGAUCCUUAGGCUGCUGUAUCUGGUGAAGCUUAAAAGCCAGUCAGAAGGAAUGAUGGACAGCACUGACUUUAAACUUCUUCAUCAUGUAAGCAGUUUAUCUAAGAAAUGUAAUGUCAACAAUAUGAACAUCUUGCAGCCUUCCUUCAACUUUAUUUACUGCACCCUGCACCAGUCAAGUGCCAACUGUAGAAUAAGAGGGACAGCUAUGCUUCUUUCCAACUGCAGCCUCAUUGACCGGAUAGAGCAAAUGUUAGCACUUACAUGGGCUCCCUCCUCUUCCAGUGAAUCAUUACAGACUCUGUGUUGCUCUUCAUGGUUUAUUACCUCCACUUUGGUACAUUUACAGCACUGUUACAAUUUGGAGGUUCACAGAACCCUCCAUGUGGAUUUGGAUAAAAUGCUACACCUCAUUUCUUUCAGUAGUCCAGGAAAAUCCCCCUUGUUAUUAGUCAGCAUCAUUCAGCUGCUGAAAACACUACUCAGACAAUCAUUUUCAUCAGCUCUGCUCAAAACAAAGCUGUCAGAUCAGCCACUGGAUGAAUCCACUCUACAGCCUCUGAAUACUCAAAGUACUCUCUAUCUUGUUGCAGCUUUGCAGAACUUUCUAAUACAGAAGCACCUUCUUCUUGUGCAGGCGUCCAUUGGCUGCCUUGGAUCUCUCUUAGAAUUUCUGUUUAUCAAAAACAAAGAUAUUGCAUUUCAUGUGGCUUCACAACCAUCCAAUCACUUUGUAUUGUUCACAUGUCUGAACGGUGCACAGAGCGGUUUCCUGCAGCGUGGCGUCCUUCGCUUUAUGAGUAUGCUCCUAAAGUACAGCUGCACUGAUACUCUUCCUCUGUUUGAGAUGAAGCAAGUUAUUGAGAAUGCAGCAAAAAUCCACUUAUCAGACAUUCCCUUUUCUGUUGCUGUGGAAUUAAGGGACUUCUUGCUGCAGCUUCAGGGCACAAAAUGUGCCAUCGGAGAUGCAGAAAGUAGCAUCAUAAAUGAACUUCUUGACAAAGUCAGCUGCAUUCAGGAGCCACCGGGAACACAAGACUUGCUAUGUGUCAAUGGAAUAAUAGUGUCACUGUCUCAUGUGACAGGCUGAAGACGAGUAAAAAACCUGGUCCAUGUGAAGUCCAAAGUCCAUGCUGGCCUGAAAUAUUUUUGAUUGGGUUUGGUCAUCAGAUGCGCAUACAGUACAUACCCCUAUGUUUCUGUAAGUGAUGGAAGCCUGGUUCCAGCCUCCGCUGUAAUAUUUUGCUUUGUAGUUUAUUGAUGUUUUCUAGUAUCAGAGUGUUACCCGUAGAUCAAAACCAGAAAGUACAAAGUAGGUAAUAACUUUUAUUGGCUAACUUAGUCCAUUAUAAAAUGCAAGCUUUCUGGACUACUUAGAUCCCUGCUCCAUGCAUGGUGUAUACAGCAAAUGACAUUUAUCCAGACU